AUGGAAACGUACAACCGACUUCUCGGCCCAGAGAAGCUGCCUGUAGAAGUUAGCGACUUUUCUUUGCUAGUUGUCUCCCUGGCUUGGGGAGCUUUACUAGACUCAGAUUUGAGCUCAACUCUCAAAGUAGCACUACUGGAUACUGUGCUAGCAACUUCAAGGCUGCUCCUUCAGCAGAAGAGCAGCAUUCGUCAAUUUCUACUCCUGCUCGCUGAGAAAACAGGAUCAGACGACUUAAUCGCUCUUAUAACUGGCAGCGUGUCAACUGCAACCUCACUUGGACUCCAUCUAGAGCCUAUCCUACGCAGUUUCUGCAUCAAUAAUGAGCAAGCUGCCAGCGUUGAACGGGCUAUGUGGACACUGUACUGUAUCGACAAGUCUUACGCCUUGAGAUGGCAAGCCUUCCCUGUAGGUUUCAACAUAAAGAAGUCAUAG